CUUAUUAGCCGGAUAUUGCUUAGCGAUUUCUGGAAAUACGGGCUGAGGGAAGAAAUACUGAGAGGAAAUUUUGAUUUUCGACAGAUUGUAACUUCCAAUUGAACAAUAAGUUGAAAUACUGACAUCAAUUCAAUACUAAAAACAGUUAGAAAAGUGACUUCUACACCUGAGGUGUUUAGUUCCCAGUUGUCAUUAAAAAACAGAAUUUAAGCAAGAUGGUGAAAGAAACUAAAUACUAUGAUGUUCUUGGUGUAAGGCCUAAUGCUACUGAGGCAGAAUUAAAGAAAGCAUACAGAAAACUUGCACUCAAGUAUCAUCCAGACAAGAACCCUGAUGAACCAGAAAAGUUCAAGGAAAUCUCCCUCGCAUAUGAAACUUUGUCGGAUCAAAAGAAGCGGAAAAUAUAUGAUGAAGGAGGGGAACAAGCUGUCAAAGAAGGAGGUUCAGGAGGGGGCAUGCAUGACCCCAUGGACUUGUUUGAUAUGUUCUUUAAGUUUGGGGGUGGGUCAAGAGGUCGGGAUAGGAGAGGCAAAGAUGUGAUUCAUCAGCUAGGAGUUACUCUGGAAGAACUGUAUAAUGGAUCCGUUAGAAAACUGGCUCUUCAAAAACAGGUUGUGUGUGACAAGUGUGAAGGAAGGGGAGGAAAGAAGGGAGCAGUAGAAAAGUGUGGAACAUGUCAUGGUACGGGUAUGCAGGUUCAUGUGCGACAACUACAUCCAGGAAUGGUUCAACAGAUUCAGUCUAUGUGCUCAGCAUGUGAAGGACAGGGAGAGCGCAUUAGUGCUAAGGAUAGGUGUAAAUCUUGUCAUGGUCAAAAGGUCAUUCGGGAACGCAAGAUCCUAGAAGUACAUAUAGAUAAAGGUAUGAAAGAUGGUCAGAAGAUCACAUUCCGUGGAGAAGGAGAUCAGGAACCUGGACUGGAGCCUGGAGACAUUAUUAUUAUCCUUGAUGAGAAACAACAUGAAACCUUCAGGCGGCGAGGUAACGACCUCCUCAUCAUGUCCUUUAAGAUUGACUUGGUAGAAGCACUCUGUGGAUUCCAGAAGGUCAUCAAUACACUAGAUAAGAGAGAGAUUGUUGUCAUGGCGCAUCCAGGUGAAAUCAUCAAACCAGGUGACAUCAAGAUGGUUGUGGGUGAAGGAAUGCCGCUCUAUAAGAAUCCCUUUGAGAAGGGGCGCCUCAUAAUUCAAUUCCAAAUUAACUUUCCAGAGAACAAUGUUAUCCAGGAGAGUAACCUUCGUAAACUAGAAACCAUCUUGCCUCCCCGUGAGGAGUGUAUUGUUACAGAUGACAUGGAGAUGGUCAACCUUACAGAAUACACUUUAGAACAUGAUUCACAACGUCACCGUGGAAGUGGGCAUGCAUAUGAGGAAGACGAUGAGGGUCACAUGCCACGUGGCAUGCAAUGUCAAUCACAUUAAUACACGUCUAAUGUUCCAUAAAGCUGAAUACAUUUGUAAGUCAUCUACCAGAUGUGUGAACGUAUACAACCACCUGAAAAUAUUUAAAGAAAAUCUUCUUUUUAAACUAUGUUCCCGGUUUUUGAUGCAAGAGCCUAAAUAAAAUUUCCAGUGCUAUGAUGUAUUGUCCCCUCAAAAUUUGGCAUAAAACAAACACAGGACAAGUAUUUUUAUCCUCCAUUGAUAUUAAAACAUUAACUUUGUUGCAAAUAAAUGCAGUACCUAAACUAAAUUCUGUCAUCUGUAUUUUCCAAUUAGUAUUCAACACAAUUAAAUUCCUUCUACCUGCCAAUGUGAAAUUAUAUGCUUAUUGUACCCAAUAUACUUUCUACUUUGUCAAAUAUUGGGCAUAGCUUAAAAGAAUGGUGCUUUUCAUAAUUUUGUUUUUCUCUCCCUUUUUUCCUUAGCAAUUUCUCCUCCCCCCCCUGUUAGAAUGAUGAUUUCUUUAUAGAAAACAGGAAAUGCAGUAUGAGAAUUACGAGAAGCAUUAUAACUGUUAUGUCUUCAUAUACAUGUAUGCACCUGAGAGCUUAAGUUCAGGUACACAAUUUUAAUUUAACAGGUACAUGUGUACAGAGAUGUCAACUGUUCCUUUAUGCAGUAUUCCAUACCUUUGAAAAAAUGAUGCCACCUUCAUUACAAAAUUAUUAGUUCUCCACACUCAUAUUGUUUUAGGAAUAUUGCAGAAAAGUUGAAACUAUUGUUUUCCACCCAAAAUACUUAUUUUCAUCCCUCUGAAUACUGUCAAUCUUUUGGUUAUCAUUCCUUGUAGUAAAUCUCUUGGUUUUGCACCCAUAAGAUUGUUAUGCACAAAUACAGCUAACAGGAGGCUAGACGACUAAGUGGAGAUGUAAUUACAGUGCCUCCCAGAUAAGAGCAUAAUAGCUGACUUGAGUAAACAAUGAAUCCCAAAUGCAAUAUUAUUAGGUACUUUCUUUUGCAUUGGUAUUCGAUGCUGGCUCCCUAUAUGACAAUGUUAUUAUUUUACCUCAUUUUCAAUUGUAAAAAAGAUGGCAUUCGUCUUGCAGAUAUUUUGUAUGUAAUUAUAUUUUCAUUUUAUGCAAAUAUUUGGUGAGAUAAGACUGUUAACUUGACUCUUCGAAUUAUUUUGGCUUAAUCUGAUGUCUAUUCUGACAUACAGUAUUGUUCAAAAUAUGUUACAGACAUAUCAUACUGUAAAGCACAGAGUUAAGGGCCCAAAUGCUACCACAACACUUUGGUAAGACAUUGAUCUCUUUUUUUGCUGCAGUCAACCCAGGUGAUGUCAAGGGAUACCUGAAAGGAAUUCAUGCUUUGGAUUGCAUAAGAGCAAUAUAUAUAUAUCUAUGCUAAAGCUAGGGUAAUAAUUAUUACCCUAGCACUCCUAAGACACCAAGAGUGUCACUGUUAUAUUCUAGCAGUUAUCAGAGGUAUAAGAACCUACUUUUUUUCUCUCAAUUUAUUUAUUCAUUUAAAUUCAAUAUAGUGUUUUGAUUUGGAAAUAAAGGUGAUUGUUAUUAAUACAGUAUUAUUAUUGAAUCAAAAUUCUAUGACAUUUUGAUCUCUGCAUAUUUGUAUAUAUGUGUUCAUGAUCUUUAAAUACAACGAGUAUGUAUUUUAUAGCUAAUAUUCCUAUUAAAUGAAUGUGUGGAAGGAUCAUGGUGCAGUGGUUCACACCCUGUCAAUUACUGGGUUGUGGGUUCUAAUUUAACACACUGUGUAGUUGAUAUACUUUAGACCUAUUCGGCGUGUUUCUACAGAGACUUGUUAAAAGGUAUUACCCGAAUAAGUAUCCAGAAUUCCGGAAAACUUUCCUGUUGAAACAGAUGCGAUGCGUUUUAUUGAUGAACCGCAUCGCACAAAACACGGUCUCUCAUAACCACCUCUGAGAGGUUGUUAUUGCCGUGUUCUGCGACGCGCAAUGUGAGUUAAUCGGAUUAUCUGCUCUGUAGACACAGGUUGGUUUAAGGGCGAUACAGUAUUUCGAUUCCUGGAAAAAUUCACAGUUUUUAACAAUUGUCUAUAGAAACAUGCCGAUUGUGUUGAUAUUGAGUCAGCUAAAGUGAAUGAGUGACCUGUAGUAUUUAUUUGUGGAAUACACAAAUCACUGCAGUUGCUUGAGGUAAAUGCUGCUAUUAGUGAUAUAUGCUUUCUGGGAGUGGCAUGAUAAAGAUAUAAGCUAUAAAUUUAUAGUAUUUAGAGGAGGCAGUCAAAAGUUAUUACCUUUUUUCUUUUUGUAAUGGUCAUUUGUAGAAUAUGUGCAUAUCAAAAUUCACCAUUAUGAUUUUUUUUAUUAUUGAAUGAUAUGGUGUACAUAAGUUUCAAUGUGAUAUGUACAGGAGAUAACAUGAGUGAGUAAUGAGAAGGAAACAUAUAUGCAAGAUACUUGCUGCAUGAGAUAGCAUAAAGCAGGUAAAACUUAAUUCUCACGUACAUUAAGGUAGCUUCAAUGUUUGAUUCAAAUGAUCUUGGAAGUAUUUGUGCAAUUAUGAUUGUUUCGUGAAAUGUCUAUCAAAAUGUACGUAGAAAGGUCUCCUUAUUCAUACAAUUUUUUUUUCUCCCAGAAAGAGAAAAUAUAAAUAUGUGUAGUAAUUAUUUAUUUCUUUGCAUUAUGAAAAGCAACAUGUAGGCAUACCCAUGGAUUUCACAUUUGUUUCCAGAGAAACCAAGAAAGGAUACUCUUUAUUACUUUGAAUAUUCUAAUCAUUUCCUAUUUAUAAAUAAAGGGGAUCCCAUAUUCAUUCAAAUACUGAUACUUGAAAUGUGUACGUGAUAUACAUGUAAGAUGGCUCAACAUUUGAAUGUAUUUAACAAACAAUGAGAUAUUUCUAAAUGCUAUUAUGAUGUAUAUCUAUUCAUCAUUAUGAACAACAAAACCAUUGCAUUUGUUGCAUAUAUAUUUUGCAAUUUUUGGCCUUUUGAUGGUGAAUACCAAAUUAAAGGCAGCUGAACCUGAUAUUGGUUUUUACAAAAAGAAAGAAAAUACUCCAAAGGAUUUGUUGCUCUAUUAAACUGGAAACUGUAUUACUGACUGUCCUGCAUUGAAGUGUAAAUUGAUGAAUACUAGAAUUGAAUUAUUAUGUGUUUUACCUGUUAUAUUUGAAUUGACCAAUUCCAUGUCCGUUUAUAUAGAUCAUUCCAUCAGUUCGAAUUUGGCAUUUUGCAUGAUAUAUUGAAAUGAGAUUUGUUAAGUUAAAAAAUGGGAAAUAUAAACAAACACAAGCAUUCAACAAAUUUUACAAGUUAGAGUCAUGAAUUUAUGUUUCUAGACUUUCAUGCAAUACACCCAGCAUUGUGAAUCUGUGGGGAAAUAAAUUUGAAGAGUUCUGGUUGUCACAUGCUCACUCAGAAAAUCAGCCAUAAUUACUGUCACUGAUGUAGUUUUUCACCUAAAACCUUUGCACAUACACACCUUUUUUUCAAAGCAUCAAAGUGAUAGUUGUUGGAAUUUCAGAACACCAAUAUUCUAUUAUUUGCUUUAAGAACAAAUGGAUAAGUGUUACAAUGCCGAUAGUAGAUCUUUGCUACCUGUUCAGCAAAGAAAGCAGUAUGCUAUGAUCAUUAUGAAAAGAAAAAUCAUGGUUUAUAAUAUAAAUGAUACAAAUGUAAAGAUGCAUGAAAAUAUAUGAAAUGCACCAGAGAAAUAUCUUGUGAUUCAUCUAUUUUAAUUUGUUGUUACAUGAAAUAUAGUUUUGUCUUUAGCAGGGAUGUUGAAUUCUUUUCAUGACCAGGGAAGGGGGGGGGGAGAUAGGUGUGGGGUUUGUAAUGACACCUGAAAAACAAGUUUAGUAAAAGAACAUCUUAAAAGAUUGAGCUGUGUUUGAUAUGUACUAUUUUUCAACAUGUAUAAAAGGGAAAGGGGUUUAGUAUUUCAAACCUAAAAAACAUGGUGUACAAGAUGGCUCUGCAGUGGUUGGAACUUGUGACAAAACUCUUCGAAAAUGAACUUGCUUUGUUUAUUUUAUUGUAAGUGAAACUUUGCCCGAUGUCAAAUUGAUAUUGAAAGUGGAAGGCCUACACUAGUAUUUUUUUUUAAUUAAAUCUAGUUGUAUUUUACUAGUUUAGUUACAGUUGUAUAGAAAUUGUGAUAUAACCAUAUCAUGAACAAAGACUUUCAGCAUUUUCCUAGACAACAGGCAAAUUCCAAGUUUACCUAGGCAUAUGUGGAGCGUUGUGGCCCAGUGGAUUAGUCUCCAGACUUUGAAACAGAGGGUCGUGGGUUCAAAUCUCAGCCAUGGUGUAGUUUCCUUCAGCAAGAAGUGCUGCACUCAACCCAGGUGAGGUAAAUGGGUACCUGGCAGGAAUUUAUUCCUUGAAAUGCCGAGCUCUGGAAAGACUGCUUGAGCUACAGCCGGGGUAAUAAUAUCCAAGUCCUUUGGAAGCGCAUAGAGAUGGUAUUCAUAAUGUGUUAUGCGCAAUACAAAAACUUACUGUUAUUAUUAUUUUUAUCAUGUACAUUGGUCUGUGGAGAAGGGCGUAGGGCACAACUUGAUUUUCAGUUCAUCUUCUGAUAUACUAUCACGACUCUACAUUGUCCAAUAGAAUGCAUAAAAAGUUUUUGCAUUCCUAGUACCCAUGUUUUAGAGUUGAGAGCAAAGGGCAUAUAUCAAAGAAUAAAAACAAGGAGAAAAUAAACAAGUGUUUAUAAUGAGAGUAGAUUUCAUAGCCCCCAAACUGAAUAAUAUACAUUUCCCUCAUCAUUUUGUUAAUGAACUUCUUUUUUCGGGUCUCAAGGAAAUAAUGGAUACCUACCCCACCUUCCUAUUCUGAUCACCUACCCUGGUCAUUGUCAUAUCAAUAUAAGAGUAUUCAGGUGAUUUUUAUUUGGUUUGUUAGGUUUGCAAUAAUUUUCUUAUAAAAACAACAUUAUAAGCUUUUUAUAUUUUUCCCCUUUUACAAUAUUUUUUUUUCUGAUCAUCAUUAAUGUGCAUUUUGGAGCAUUUGCUGUGAGAGAAGAUUAAGUCAUCGCUGUACAUCAUCACUCUUUUUCAGGUUUGUUUUAUGUGCCAAAUGGAUAUAUUUAGAAUUUCAAAUCUAAUCAAUUAUUUUAUGCUUCGCUUGUCUCAUGUUCAUAAUUUCCUGAAAAAUCAGUAGCAUGUUAAUUUUACAUUUUUAAAACAAAGUCAAAUGUAAUUGAAGGAGUAGCUGAAAUUAAAGAAAGAUAUGAUUUCUGAAUUCUUCCAUGGUGAUGACAAGGAUUUGUCUGGCUUUAAAAAAGAGUUAGCUCAACCUAUUAAUGAGAGAAAUUUGAAAAAAAGGUACGUUAAACCUUUAAGAUAUUUAGUCUGAAAUUGUAAGCAAUUUUAAAUGUCUUUAUAAUAAUUGGUAACAUUGUCCAAUGAUGAAAUAUAUUUGAUUUUUUAUACACUAGUCUAUCUUAAAAGGUUUCAUGAGGAGCAUAUUCUGGUGAGCUUCAAUGCAAACUUUUAUUAUUUUCAUACCAUUUCAGUUGAACAUGUUAAAUUUCUCCAGCCUUGAUGAGUAUGCAAGUUUGUAAGGAAAUGAAAACAUUGCUUUUCUCAGACAUUGUGUUAUAUACUGUAUGAAUAAUUUAACUCUGACAAAUGUAGGAGAAUCUUGUAUAUUUAUUCUUGUGUGAAUAAAUUCUACAAAGGUUUUUAUCUGUAUUUAUGAGCUAUAAUGCAAGAGUUGUGAUGUCUAAAUACCAGAAUAAAUAAUAUCCAAGUUA